AUGUCUCGCAGGAUGCUGUGCCUGUGUCAGAGGAUUUCAGGAGGAUCUGCGGAUAUCCAAGAUAGUACGAAAUUGUAUCCCGAGGGCGGCGAUAUCACUGUGGCCUACGGACUUCCCUCCUCCAGGCUGUUCUAUCUCGUAGUGGACGAACGGGAGGACGUCCGCAAAUGGGCCUCCGAGCAGUUGGCAUUGUGUAAAGCCACAUCUAUGUCAGCGGAGCGAUUCUUGCCCAGUUACUGCACCGUACUCAAGACAGUCACGUCAGCCGUUUCGAAUCAGGCAACGGACCACAGUGCUGUCUGCACCGACUCUUCCUUCAGCCGCGAUCCGACCGUCCUCUGGUCCGGUUACUGUGACACACUCCGCUACGUGCCGAUCGAGUUUCUUCGUCCUCGGAAGUCUCUUGACAUCGACAUCCGGCAUAUUGUCACGAACCAUCUCCAUGACACGGGCAAUCACUUCGCAGACGUUCUGAAAGUCUUCGUCUUGAUCCUAUCCAGAAUCGGGCCGGGCGUAUGGGAAGGCGAGGGAACGGAAUACCCUCAAGUCAUCUUCAGCUCCGUCAAGGACAACGUCCGUUAUCUGGAGAUCCUGCAAAACCUCUCGGAUGAGCGCAAAGAUAAUUGGCUACUCAGCUGGUUUGACACCUACCUGAAGUCGAUCGGACGGUUACCAAUCUGCAAAGACGUCCUUCCACUCCUCGUCCAUUUCUUCUGCGAAGAGCUACAGCAUGAACGUUUCCAGGUCGUUCGACCCGUGGUCAUGAGCAUUGCUGUCAGGAUGCUGACCGCCGUGCUUAUGCAAGCGGAGAAAGAUCACCCAGUACUUAAGCAGAGCCUAGUGUGGGAGAUCACGGAUGUGCAUAGCACUAAGCUUAUAGCGGUCUCCUUCGCCAAAGCCUACACCGGAGCCGCCUGGACAGAAGCUCGCACACUCACGCGAAAACUUCUGAAACUCUCGCUGCUGCAGGAUAUCAAGACCGUUAGUUCCGCCAUCUCUCGUCUGUGCGGAACAACGGACCCGUCUGCUGCGCCCACGUCUCUGGACCUUCGGGAGCAGCUGUGGAGGGGAAUGUACGGUAGUAUCCAGCCUGGCGAUUCGGAUGCCAUGGCCAUGAUGCUGACGAUACUAUCAAGCAUAUCACACAUGGACGAUCUCAAGGACGUCGCCUUUGCCGACCACAUUACUCGUUCCAAGGACGCAGCAAUUCUGCAGGGUCUGCUCAGUAGCGUGAAUCGUGCCUUGGGUACUAUGCGCAGCGGUUUCGGCGAUGCCAUGACAAGGUACCUCGACCUCAGCCUUCCCUCCGUCGUUGCGGACCUCCUCCGCCGAUCGGAUGUCGCGAAGAAUGUCACCAUCCUCAUGCUCUCUCCUGUCGAAACAUUUCAGGAGAACGCACAGGCGCUGGUCGGUCUUGCAGGCGAUGUAGAGGUGCGCUCGGACUGUUUCCGCGCGCUACUGGAGAAGGUCCCGGACGCCACCUUCAGCGGUAUCUUGCAGUUUUUGGAGACCUUCAUCCACUUCGCCCACGUAGUCCCCGAAGCAUGCAGCCUGUCAAAGGCACUAGCCCGCUGUCUAACAGACGUCAUCGAUGUCCUGUGCUCCAGUCCCGACGGACUCCUGCUGGACCAUCAAUUCCUCACCAAAGGCGUCGGCGCGGAUGUGCCUACCCAGCUGCCCAAAUGGUGGAACAUGAUGACGCAAGCGCUCUCCGUGAUCUUUUCGAAGACACCUCGAUGGGCCGUCUAUUUCGAGAACGCCGAGAUGGUGUUAUGGAUGCGCGACGCCCUUAUCUUUGGGCGAGACAUGCUGGCGCAGCGCAGAGUCAUCGAAUCUGCGACUCUCUCACAAUCGCAGCAAGCCGCUAUCAGUAGGAAGAUGUCGCGAGCCGGGAGGAAGAUGGUCGACGAUCUACAAGCAGUGUUGUUUGAGCUGACACGUUGGCUUCGCCUCACUGACGAGGAGUUGCUGCACCAGUCCUUUGCCUUGCUGGAAACCCUCCUCUCGUGUUUCAGAGAAACCCAGAUUCCUCCCAAGGCAGAAGCAUUGCAGAAACUGCAGAAGCACGUUGACGAUGCGCGGAAGACCGAUCCCAACCGUCCUCAAACACGACUGGAUGCAGCCAGGCUCGCUAGGCUCCAAGAUGCUCUCAGCGGUUUCGACGAAGACGACGAGGUGCAGAUCAUAUCUCACAAGCUCCCUGAGAAACGUAAGGAGCCUUCGGAUUCCAAGCCGUCUGCUACGGAUCGGAGUAAAAAGGCAAAAUUGACCGCUCCUGCGCAAGACCGAGGGAUACGUGCGUUGCGAGCGGACGACCGGCAGUCUACAAAGCCCUCCAUCUCGAGCUACUUCUCGGCCGAAGACCAGAAGAAACUGCAUGCUGCUCCUACGGCUGCCCCUCAACUGUCUCGUGGGCCAAGUGCACAGGUCGCAUCGUCUACCAAGAGGACCCCGGAAGUCCAUACAUCCACAGGAGGCUCGUCGAUCCGACCGGCGACUUCGGAGCCCACGACGGAGGCCGAUAGCGGGGAGAGUGACGAUGACGAUGGAGGGGGCUUGGCCUCUCUUUCGAAGCUGCAGCGAACGCCGGUCAUCAAGAAGCCCGCGGAGCGCAGACAGGUCAUGAUGCUGGAUAUGCCCACAAGGGCCCGCAAUCCUACGCUGGAACGUAUGAACCGGCGAGAGGAUGCUCGGAGGACACAGCUACGGCUCAAGCCAGAUGUGUCUGGACUUCAUCGUACACUACUCUCGUGGGACUACGACCACGAUGGCCCGUCUCCACCUGGCCAGUCCUUGAAGCUUGAGCGCAUCCCAUCUACCUUUUCGGAUGCGGAGCACUUCCGUCGCGUUUUCGAGCCGAUGCUGAUGCUGGAGUGCUGGACUCAGCUAAUUGAAUCGAAGGAGGCUACGCUACAAACGUAUGAUUGUCGUAUAGCCAGUCGACAAUUUGUCGACGAUUGGUUGGACCUCGAUGUGUCUUUCUCUGGGAGCGUCGACAAGGAUUGGAGGCUCGGUGACGCAGACGUGGUCUUACUGCGCCAUCCCCAGAGCAAGAAAGGCGUCCUUGCGAAGGUUCAAAGCUACAAGGGCAGUGCAUUUGGUGUUCAGGCCACCGUCCGCUGCUGUGCACGUGGCAGCGACCCUGCGUUGCUGCCCAACUCGACUUGGUCAUUGGGCAAAGUGUUGAGUUUGACUACACUUCACCGAGAAUAUGCUGCCCUCAUGUCGCUGCCAUACUACGACCUCGCCGAGACUAUAUUGCGGGCGAAGCUGAACAAGCCUACGACAGCGGACUCCAGGGAAGUUCAGAGAACGAUGGUUGCAUACAAUGUCAAUGAACCGCAGGCUAGAGCCAUACUCUAUUCACUCACGGCUGACGGCUUCGCACUGAUCCAGGGACCUCCAGGUACUGGGAAGACCUCCACUAUUUGCGGCCUUGUACACGCGUUCCUGUCCAGACGGCCCAAGCCGGGUACUCAGAUCUACAUGAAUCGCAAUGCAGGCCCAAGCGACAAAGAGCCAGUCAAGAAGAUCUUGUUGUGCGCACCUAGCAAUGCUGCUAUCGAUGAAAUUGCCUCUCGUCUCAAGGACGGCGUAUCUGGAGCAGGACGGCAAGAGAGUUCUCCGAAGGUCGUUCGGCUAGGUAACGUCAAGAACGUUAACACGAGCGUCAGGGACGUCUCCCUCGAGUACCUCAUUGAACAGAAGUUGAACGGAAAUCCCCAAGUAGCCAAUCCCAAGGACGCAGGCGGUGAGAUUGCGCGACUACGAGCAGAUCUCGAGAAUGUGAAGAAGACGCGCCAGAAGAAGUUCGAUGAGAUAUCGCAAAUCCAUGACAACACGGCGAAAACAUUCGCUUUGGAGGAGGAUAUCAAGAAGCUGAACAAGGAGAAGGGCGCACUUAUUCACCAGAUUGACAAGCUUAGAGAUCAACAGAAAUCAGACUCGCGCACUAUGGACGCUACUCGACGGCGCUUCCGGACGGAAGUCCUGCAAGAGGCCGAUGUCAUCUGCAGCACACUCUCUGGCUCUGCAUACGAGUAUCUAGAACAGUUUGACUUCGAAUUGAUCGUCAUAGACGAGGCCGCUCAGGCCAUAGAGUUGAGUUCGCUUAUCCCACUGAAGUACAACUCCAAGCACUGUGUCAUGGUAGGAGAUCCCCAGCAAUUACCGCCUACCGUCAAGUCGCAAGAGGCGUGUAGCGUUGGUUAUAACCAAUCUCUCUUCGUGCGACUGCAGCGGCAGCGUCCAGACGCCGUGCACCUGCUGAGCAUACAGUACCGUAUGCAUCCAGACAUCAGUCAAGUACCCAGUCGUUUGUUCUAUGGUGGCCGCCUCGAGGACGGCCCAGACAUGGCGGUCAAGACUCGAAGACCUUGGCACUCGCAUGAGAAGUUUGGGACUUACCGAUUCUUCAACAUUGGUAUAGUCUCCAUGUACCGGGGUCAAAUCUUCGCCAUUCGACGCGCUUUUGAGGAGAAGUUCGGCCCCGAGAUCACGAGCGUUGUGGACUUCAAUACUGUUGAUGGCUUCCAAGGUCAAGAGAAAGAUAUCGUAAUCUUGUCUUGUGUAAAUGUUGCUUAUUUCACUGCGGCAACAAAGGCGGCGACCAAACCUCAGUCCUCCACGAAAGCGCCCAAGACACAGUCCAAGAUCCAGCCGUCUGAGACCACGAUGCAUUCGACUGUUCCGGAUACCUUGUUGACGCCUCGAGAGCUCAAAUCUGCUGGAAAUAGCGGAAGUUUCGCAGUUCCUCCUCCGGCCAUUACGUCUUCUGACGGCACGGCAAAGCCCAACGAGGAUAAGCUGAGCCUGAAGCGCCCUGCGCCGACAGAGGAGGCAGGUGAUGAUGCAAAAGCAGUUUCGAACGGGGCUGCAAGCAGCGCACAGGCAUCUUCAAAACCACCUCCCAAGAAGCGACCGAAAGCGGCACCCAGUUUGUUCAUACCCAAAAACAAACAUAGCCUCCCAUCUAUCAUCACAUUGAUCAUUGCUUAG